AUGUCCACCCAUAUUCUAUCGCACCCGUUGGUAAACGCACGAUUGUCACAACUGCGGCAGACUAACACAAGUUCAAAGGAUUUCCGAGAGGGUAUCCAUGAUAUCAGCCUGAUCUUGGGCAUUGAGGCUUCGCGCGAUCUGGAAGAGGAGACCUUUCAAGGGCAAACACCAGUUGGUCCUUUCACGGGUACAAUCAUUAAGCCCAAGAUCGGGUUGACACCCAUUCUGCGAGCUGGCUUGGGCAUGACAGAUGCACUCCUGUCCCUUUUCCCGACAGCACCAGUUUACCAUCUUGGACUCUACCGAGAGAAAGUCAGCCUUCAACCUGUUGAAUACUAUUCGAAACUUCCUCCGGUCCCUCCCAUAGACACGUGUUUCCUUCUUGAUCCUUUGGUUGCCACCGGCGGCACUGCGUGUGCUGCCCUUGCUAUGAUCAUAGAUUGGGGAGUUCCCAUAUCGAAGAUCAAGCUGCUCGUUGUACUCGGAUCAGAAGAAGGUCUCAAUCAUGUACACGCUGAAUAUCCUGACUUAGAGAUUUGGGUAGCAGCCGUGGAUCCUAAACUCACAGCUGACGGCCUCAUAUCUCCUGGAUUGGGUGACACCGGAGACCGUCUCUUCAAUACUAUUCGGGUGUAA